UGGAACGUAGUACUCAUCGAAUCAAGGCUGUUACACCGCCACCAGUCACGGCCCCCCCUUUAUUGCUGAUGCCUUCUAUUCCACAACUAGAGCCUUCCCCCAAUAUGGGUGUACAGAACCCACCGCCCCUUAAAAGCUUUAGGGAUACUCUUGUCGCUGGAUUUGUCUCUCCCACUCAUCCUCUGGUAUCAUAUGUGGAGCUAGAACUCCUUAACCAGCAAGCAGAUAUGGUAGCGAAUACCACUCAAAAUCGAGGCCCUAGAAUCCCAUCAGUGAGACUUUCCCCAGAGAUAACCCUCCAACUGCGAGAGAACUGGAAGAAUAUAGUUAUCAUCAAACUCUUAGGGAAAAUAAUUAACCAUAACCUCCUCUGUUCUAGACUGAAGUACUUAUGGAAAACAGAGUGUGAGUUUGAUAUGAUUGACUUAGGUUUGGGCUACUAUACUGUGAAGUUCGCCUCUAUGGAGGAGAGACAUCGAGUCCUUAUGGGGGGACCAUGGAAGAUCUUUGAUCACUAUCUUGCGGUGCAGCCAUGGCCACCUAAUUUUUGUCCUUCUUGUGCAAAGGCCCCAAAGACUGCUAUAUGGGUACACUUUCCGGAACUGUCGACUGAGUAUUAUGAGGAACCAAUUCUCCAUUUGUUGGGGAAUCAAGUGGGUCGCAUUAUCUUGGUAGAUGAAACUACUUUGCUAGCCACCUGUGGCCAGUAUGCAAAGGUGUGUGUAGAAGUUGAUUUAGCUGAACAGUUGGUCUCGAUGGUUGAUUUGUAUGAUGGAGUAGACCCAACUCCUAUGCUUUUGACAGUGGCAUAUGAUCUAAAUAAUGUGUGUUUCCAUUGUGGUGAAUUUGGCCACAAAAAGACAGUUUGCCCUUACCGUCAACCCCCGACAGUUGGUGAUUCACCAUUAGGAACUUCUCAGAAACCAACUCCAACGCAAUCUGCUAAUUUUGCUACUCUUGCAAAACACUAUGGGCCUUGGCCGAUUGUUCUUGUUAUGGAGGUAGCCCCACCAACUGUGGCAGGAGAAGGGAUUUCAACCUUUAAACAUCCAGCUCAUGAAGCUUCUAGAAUGGAGAUCGUAUUGGAAAAAUCUACUCCAACUCAACUUGAUAACAUGGGCCCAUUGGAACAGGGGACCACUAUAACGGCUAUGCAAUCCAAGAAGAACAAGGAGAUUCAGCAUGAUGGAGCAAAUUCUCUCGCCAUAGGGACAACUGAGGAAAUUGUAGGUAGGAAAGAGAGACGACCUGCGACAGAUACUUCUUCACAGACGCCAAUCAUGGUGGUUUCAAGUGACCCAGGGCUUAUGCAAAAGGGGGUACAGUAUCACCCCUUUCGUCGGGAAUGUAAGGAAAUGUUGAAGAUUCAUAAACCCGAUGUCAUUUGUUUCAUGGAAACUAAAGCCGAUUCCACUUCAAGUGCUCUAGGCUUUAUACCAUGCUUUGGCUAUGAUAAGCAAUUUCAAGUGCCAGCUUCUGGCUUCGUUGGGGGACUUUGGUGGUUUUGGAAGUCGUCGGGAGUUCAUCUCUCUGUACUUUCAUCUUCAGCCCAGGUAAUUCAUUGUUCUGUUGAUUAUAAUGUUAAGAACUACUUGCUUUCCUUAGUGUAUGUUAGACCUCAGGCACAUUUCAAAGAAGCUUUCUGGAAUGAUAUUGAAUUUCAAAGUCUAAUUAAUACAGUUAGUUGGGUUCUUAUGGGAGAUUUCAAUGAAAUUAUGUCUGCUGAUGAGGUCUUUCCUAGGCAUUCGGCAACCUUUCAAAGAGCAUCAAGGUUCCGACAGAUUUUAGAUAACUGUAAUAUAUUUUCUGAAGAUGCUUUAGGAUGUAAGUUUACUUGGUGUCACAUUCAACAUGGCCAAGUAAUGUGGCGGGAAAGGCAUGAUAGGGUCUUGUUCAAUGCCCAGGCCAAAGUACAAUUUCAAGGGGCUAAACUCAUUAAUUUGCCAAGAAUCUACAGCGAUCACCACCCCAUUUUGCAAAAUUUUGAUACGGCUGCAUCUCAACCUUUACCAUAUAAACCACGUCGUUUCAAAGCUGUAUGGCUCACAAGGGAAGAGUUUUCUAGAGUCUUUUCGCAAGCCUGGGGGCAGUACCCUUUGGAUAUGAAGGCAGCUAUUGAGAAUACAAGCUCUGCUUGUAUCUUAUGGGGGGGAGAGGCUUUUGGAAACAUCUUUCGAAGGAAGCGCCUUUUAAGGGCAAUGAUUGCUGGAAUUCAAAAUUCUCCAUCCUAUGGCUCCUCCGCUCCUUUACAAUCUCUAGAGAAUCAUUUAUUGCAAGAGUAUCAACAAGCCCUUUUUGAAGAGGAAGUGCUUUGGUUCCAGAAGUCAAGGGUGGAUUGGAUUGCCUCAGGUGAUCGGAAUACUUCCUUCUACUAUAUGUCUACUCUUACUAGGCAGUGUAGUAACAAAAUAGGAGCAUUAAAAAUUGAUGGUGUAUGGUUAGACAACCCGGAGGUCUUAAAGCAACAUGUCCUCAUCACCCUUACUUCAAAAGCUUCUUUAGAGGAGAUUAGAGUGGCUUUGUUUUCCAUGAAAGGCCUCAAAAGUCCAGGACCAGAUGGCAUACAACCUUUGUUCUAUCAGAGACACUGGGAGGUUGUAAAAGGUACAUUUCUUGAUUUUAUUAACAGUGCCCUUAGAGAGGGUUGUUUUGAUACUGAGUUAUCAAAGACGUUGGUGGUUCUUAUUCCAAAGGAAAGGAAUCUUGACUCCAUCCAGAAAUUUCGCCCAAUUAGCCUCUUUAAUGUGGCUUACAAGGUGUUGUCUAAGGUAAUUGUUAAUCGGCUUCGAUCGUUGUUACAAAAACUAAUUGGCCCUCACCAAAGUAGCUUCCUAGCAGGUAGAAGCACUUUGGAUAAUAUGAUACUUACUCAAGAAGUGGUGCAUACUAUGCAGCAUAUGAAAGGCAAAAAAGGGAACAUGGUGUUAAAAAUUGACUUGCAUAAAGCUUUUGAUAAUGUGCAUUGGUCUUUCCUAAGGCAAGUUUUAGUUGAUUUCAACCUCCCUGAGAAACUUAUUGAGUUGAUUAUGUUUUUGGUUACAUCAGUGCAACUCUCUGUAUUAUGGAAUGGGGAACCUCUUUCGUUCUUUUCUCCACAAAGGGGACUAAGGCAGGGAGAUCCAUUAUCUCCAUAUCUGUUUCUCAUGGUUAUGGAAAAACUUGCCUACUUGAUCCAACAUAAGUCGGCAAUGGGUCAGCAGUGGCCAAUGCACUUAGCUCGAGAUGUGUGCAAAACUCCUCACCAAUUUGGAGAAGCAUCUUGCGAUGUAGGGAAAUGCUUAGACUUGGUAUCAGGUGGCGUGUCGGUUCUGGUGUCAACAUCAAUUUUUGGACAGACGUGUGGGUGGGUGGGUGAUUCUUCUUUACAGCACUCUAUUACGGGGCCUAUUGAUUUGGAGGCUCUCACUAAAGUCACUAUGCCGGUUGCUCAUUUGAUUACACCAAAUAGGGAAUGGAACCUAGAUUCUCUGAGAAACUUGCUGCCAGAGGAUGUUGCGGAUGCGGUUAGAGUAGUCCCUUUACCAAUAGAGGUUCGCUAUAAUCGCCACCUUACCGACUCUCCAAACUAUCCUAGAUGUGGCUUAGCUGCUGAGUCUUCCAUUCACAUAUUGCGUGACUACCGUAACAAGCUGAUCUUUAACAAUAUUCAUACUCCCCUGCUUGUGUUAUAUUCUCAUAUUGUCCAGCAUGCAUUUUAUACUUCACUCGCCCAAUCAAAUGCAAUUUGCGGACAAAUACGAGAAACUUGUUGGGUUAGAUGGCAUCCACCUGAAGACGGGUUCUUCAAAUUGAAUACAGAUGGGUCGCUACGGCGGGGCUCAGCAAGUGUAGGGGGCUUAAUACGAGAUUCAAAUGGGAAUUGGCUUCAUGGUUUCCUGGUGAAUAUUGGUAGGGCCACAAGUUUAGUUGCCGAAUUAUGGGGCUUGCGAGAAGGCCUCAAGCUUUGCCUCUCAUUGGGCAUUUCUCGAUUGAUAGCUGAAAUGGACUCUUCAAUGGCAGUACAGUUGAUUUUGGAUAAUGGCAAUAGUGGGGGGCAAGGAGCUGCUCUUGUUGUGGACAUCAAGACCAUCUCUGGUAGAUUUUCUUCCUUUGUCCUACGCCACACACUUUGUGAAGGAAACGCAGCAGCUGAUUUCUUAGCUUCUUUGAGUCAUGCGGCUUGCAAGGGUGUCACCUUUUUGGAUUCCCCUCCUGUUGGUUUGCAGCAGAUUCUUUUAGAAGAUAGGGUGGGAACUAUGUUUCCCAGAGCUUAGUCUGUUUUAAGUAGUUUGUUUCUGAUGUACCAAAAAAAAAAAAGAAAAAGAAAAAGAAAAAUUCGUUUAUUGC